AUGCGAGAUACUUUACAAAAAUCACGCAUGACCAUGUCGUUAAUGAAUCAAUCGGAUUCAAAUGAACGGGAAUUACGUCUCUGGUUGCUAUCAGCGAAUACAUAUCACGGUGUAACGUAUUAUCGUAUUGCUGGACGUUUUACUUCAAGUGGUCAGACGUGGGAAGUCAGUCAUCGCUACUCGGAGUUUCUGAAACUCCGUGAUCAAUUGGUGAAAUUCCUGUCAUCAUCGACGGAUAAAUGUCCAGGCUGUCGCAAUUAUUUGCAUUCAAUCCAGCGGUUUGAAUUUCCCAAGAAACAUCUUUUUGCAUCAAGAGCCCCACCAGUUGUGAAUUACCGCGUUAAAGCUUUGCGCUCGUUUGUUAAUUUGUUGGCUUCCUGGGCCUUUUCCAAGACACCCAAGUGCCCAACAUGUGGAGGGUAUGCCUUUGAUGUCGUACGUAACUUCGUGCUAGAAGGUAAUGCUUUAUCAGCCGACACGGACAUGAACUUGAUCAGGGAGUCGGUGAAUGUCAAAGCAUUUGCAAAGCACAGUUUAUCCUGUUCAAGAGGAUCGAGGACUCCGAGCUCGAUAACGACAAAUUCAUUUGGAGACCUGGACAUUACACAGAGUAUGUACACACCAGAGAGAAACACGCAGUUUAGGCUGACGCAAGAACCGACAGUGAGAGAAGCCCCGCUCUCACAAUCGAGACAACGUGAGAGGCCAAGCGGGACGCAGUUGGCGAGAGCUCAGGAGCGACAAGAGAAAGCAGCGUAUUACCAUCAGUCAUCAGAUGAGCACCGUCACCAGCAGCAGCGGAGACGCUACCAAGACGACGAUCCAUACGAUGCCUUUAACGAUUACUUGCCGGAGAGGCAGUCAAAGAUCAAGAAGGCAACGCAGUCGAGUAUGGAACAGAAGAUCCAGCGUGGCAAGUUCACGUCGAGACCACUGUACGAAUCGAUCGAGGAGAGACGACAACGGCACCAGCAAGAAGAAGAAAAGGCCAAUGCGUACCAGCGAAAGUUGCGGAAGCACCGGAGCGAGCCACAAAACGUGGCAGCACAUCAUCCACUAGCGGAAAAUGAGUUGUCUAUGGGCACCAACACCUGUCGAAGCCCAGAGUCUGGCAAACAAAUGGCAAGCCGAAACACCUCUAAUGGGGAGAGUAUCAUGUCGGACGUGAGCAAGGUGGCCAAGCCAAUCUUUUGUGAUGGUGACGAGCGACAACGCUACGGACAUCGUGAUGAGGAGUGGGAAGACAGAAGUGCAAUUAGCAGUGUGUAUUCGGGUGACGAUGAGCUUGAGUUGACGGGUGUGACGAUGGCGUCGCCCUCGCAUGUGAACAAUAAGAGCAGCAUUGACAAUCUAUGGGAGCCAUGGGAGCUAGCUCGUGUUGCCUAG